AUGAACUCCGCUUCUGAGCGCACAAUUGCCGUGAUUGGGGGCGGAAUCAUCGGUUGCUCGACCGCAUACUAUUUGACGAGACACCCGUCCUAUGACCCCACACUACACAAGAUCGUCGUUUUCGAAGCCACAGGCAUCGCUGGCGGUGCAUCUGGCAAAGCAGGGGGGUUUCUAGCCAUUUGGGCGCAUCCGGACAACAUUGCGCCUUUAAGUUAUUCUCUUCACAAGGAACUGGCCCAAGAGCACAAUGGUGUGGAGAGAUGGGGGUAUCGGAGGAUAAAAUGUGGACAAUUGCUCGCACAUGUCACCCCACGUGACGCAUCUAGCAGCAAUACGGAGACGUUAGGCUCGGGUAAGAAUUACGACAAGCAAGCUACUUCGCGGGAAAAGAGGGCGUGUAGCAUACCGGCAGACCUGGACUGGUUUGAUUCAUCCAUGUGCCUUGAGUUUGAGGAUAUGGGCAACAUGGGAGCAACAGCUCAAGUACAUCCCUACUUGUUUACGACGUCAAUGAUGAAACUAGCGGAGGAGAAAGGAGCUAAAUUUAUACUGGGAUCUGUCACGGAGAUUGAGCUCUCAGAAGAUCGGGUUCGUGGGCUCAAAUACAAUGAUAAGGAGACCGGCGAGUCUAAAUCAAUGCCAGUGACAGACGCAAUUGUUGCUGCUGGGCCGUGGGCGAGGACCGUGUUUCCAAGAGCUCCGAUUCUCGCUGAGCGCGCUCAUAGCGUGGUAAUCCGUCCCACCCGUCCUGUGUCAGCAUAUGCUGUGUUUACAAGUAUCACCCCUCAGCGUUCGAAUCGCCACCCUCAACAAGACGCGGCGGUAUCUCCUGAGAUCUACUCAAGGCCAGAUGGCACUGUAUAUUCUUGCGGAGCAGGCGACGUAUCCGUCUCUCUGCCAGAAACAACAGCGGAUGUGCAAGUGGAUGACUCUCGAUGUCAAUCAAUCAUUGAUUCAGUGGGCUCUAUAUCAUCCGAACUGCGAGGGGGCGAAAUCCUGCGGCAACAGGCGUGUUAUCUGCCGGCUGUUGCAGGCCCCGCUGCAGGGCCACUCAUCGGCCCGGCUGAUAUUAAAGGUGUGCAUCUUGCAGUUGGCCAUACUUGCUGGGGAAUUCAAAAUGCACCGGCCACCGGGAAGCUCAUGAGCGAGUUUGUUUUCGAUGGAGCAGCGCAAAGUGCGGAUGUUGCCAGUCUCAAUCCACGUAAUUUUCUGUAA